AUGGUUGCUAAUCUUUCAAAUGACCAUCAUGAAACAACCGCAUUACCCUCACCGACGUCGUAUGAUCGUCAUCGUGAUCUCGUGAUCAACCAUGAUCCGACAUCGGUCGUGGUCGUUGUCGAGGGCGUCACCCUGAUCGUCAUCUUCCUCGGAGCGUUGGUCGCCAAUGUGAUCGCGAUGACGGCGAUCCUUCGAGACAAGUUGCUGCGGAAGAACCUCCAUAACUGGCUAAUCCUCAACCUUUUCGUAAACGACCUCGGUAUAACGAUUACAAGUAUGUCUUUCUCUAUCGUAUCCGUCUUCGACCACGGUCAGUUUCUGGUCAACAACGAUGUCAUCUGCUUGGUAGGGACACCAGGCCUGAAUGGCAUAAAUGGAACGGGGGCUGUAGGCUUCUUUUUCGGUAACUUCGCUACGAUCCUGGCCAUCUCUGUAGACCGCUAUCUGACUGUUGUCUGGUCCACCCGCUUUCCUCCCACCAAGUCUAGGACCAUCGUCUUUAUCGUCCUCUGUUAUGUGGUUCCGUUAAUUAACGUCUUACCACCUAUCUUCAAGUUCCUCUCCGACUUCAAGUAUCACCCAGACACCCACCACUGUUCACCCGCCUGGGAGUCCUGUCUCUACUACAUCAUCUGCUUCACCAUUAUCUUCUGUAUCACCGUACUCAUCAUGGUCUUCUGCUACACCGGCGUUGUCUUGACCUUGAGGCGACAGGAACUGCAGCUUCGGUCUUUCUCCAAGGACAACCGGACAGCUCCUCCUCGAGUUGUGACUCCUGAACCCAGUGGAAAGAUUCUAAUCUCAACUGACGUCACCAGCUACCGGAACAUCAAGACGGCAUCCUCAACAGAUGAGGUGACUAAGUCUUCAGAGGACUGCCUGACCGAGGACUUUUUUCCAUCUGUUGAUGCAGACGUGGAGGAACCUUCCAACUGCCUCGCGCUCAAGAUACAGGACCAAAAGGAUCAUGAAGACGAGAUGACUCGGCGGAAGAGAAAACUUAAGAAGAGAAACCACCAAUUGAUGCAAGGCAACCUCAGUAUGGAGAAGAGGGUUGCCCUGACAGGUACGAAUUUCUCUGUUUGA